AUGGAGGGAUACAAUUUAUUUCCUGAAGUCUUGGAAGUAAAUAUACAACUGACUGAAGAAAUCAAGUCAGAUCCUGUUUAUCAAAGAUAUCUACAAUGGCUCACUGAUAACGGCUGCAUUUUUCCAAACAUAGAUUUCCCUGUUGCAUUUGGUGAUUACGGAUACAUCGGCGCAAAAGCCAAAACUGACAUCCCUUCUCUAAAGGUAAAACCUUUAUAGGCAUUUUUAUUUAUUCCUUUCAACAUUAUUAUUACCCCUCAAAAAGCGCGAGAGAGCCCAAUAGGUUUUGUUUUCAAUGAAUGUGAUUUUUUAUUUAAAUCAGGCCAUCGAUCUGACGAUUUUAUUUUAUGAGUCUACCUCAUGUAUGAGUUUUUUCUAGGUGAAGAAAGCUUUUAUUAUCCUUAUUUCCAGACAAUACAAAAUCCUGAAAUGCUUAUGGACUGAAACUUUGAAGAACUGAAGCUAUUACAAGAUAAAUUUUUGUUACUCAAUGCUAGAAAAAGUUACCGAGAAACAAUGAUUUAUUUUAAUUCUUUAUCACAAAUUUUUGAAAAACACCCUGACUUUUUCCCUCCAGAAAAGUAACAAAAUAUUCAGAGACUUAAAAUCAGCCUUUUUUUGGGCCUAUAAAAUAGUAACAACAAGAGCGUUCUGCUGGGGAGAUGGCAUGAUAAUUCCUUUAGCUGACAAUUUAAACCAUGAAGAUGUGUAUAUAGAUUACCUGACCCUUUCAAAAGAAUUUCUUACUGUCAAAGCAGAGCAGCCAGUUCUACUUAAAGAUUAUUCAGAUUUUUUAGGCUCUUCUAAACAAUCAGCUGUGCCAAUGAGAAGUCGCUCGCAUUUAAAUAAGCUUGAAAAGCAUAUUAGAUGGUACCAAGAUGAAGGCUUUACAAACCAUUCUUCAGUUUGGGAGCUAGAAGAGUCUUUUCAUAGCUUAGAAAGCAGUUCUGAUGAAGAAGAACGUGUUAAUGGAAGCUCACUCCCCCCCCCCCCCCCCUCCGUGAGCGAACAAAAAAAUUUUGUUCGCUCACGGAGGGGGGUUAAUUUUUUUUUUUAAAAAAAAAAUUUAUAUAUAAAUUUUAUAAAAAAUAUUUUUUUUCGAAAUUUAAAAAAAUCCUAAUUUGCAAAAAAUGGGAAGCAAAUAUUAAUUUAAUUUGCAAAAUUUAUGUUUUUUAAAACGCAAUUUGUUUAAAAUUAAACAGAAAUUAGCUCUAGAUUUCAUUAUACUAAUUAUCACUUAUAUAUCAAAAUUUUUUUCCAUUAAAAUUUUUUCUAUUAAAAAAAUUUUUGUUCACUCACGGAGGGUGGGUUUUUGGUCAAAAAAUGGCGAUUUUUCUAAUGGUUUUGUUCGCUCACGGAGGGGGGGGGGGGAGUCAGGAGAAGAAACUGACAGUGAAGCUUCAUCAUCUGAAAGCAGUAGUAAUUCAGAAAACUCAGAAGAAGACUUAAGCUACAGACUGGAUGUGACUAACAAAUAUUUUGUAAUGAGGGCUGGAGAAGAUGGAAGUUUUAAAGAAGGCUCACAAGUAUUCAACUGUUAUGGGAGACUAAAUAAUGUCGACUUGCUGCUUGAUUAUGGCUUUUGCUUACUUCCAAACAGAUAUGAUAGCGUUUAUGUGAGGGUAGCAUUUAUUUAGAUGUACAAAGCUAGGGUGAAAUCUGAAGGAGGGAGGGUUGAGAUUAGCAAGCCUGAUAUAAAAACAGAAAACUCGUUAAAAGAUGCAAUUAAUAUUUUUUAUCUCAAGUACAAUAAACUCAAUGAAAAAUUUUUGAAUUAUUUUAGGAAAUUAGUGUGGAACACAAGAGAAUAUGAAAAUUUAAGGGUUGCUGCUCAUGUUGAGGCUAAUAUAAUCCAAGGAGCUUGUGAUGUUAUUAAAGAACUAAUCAGGACACAUCCAACAACACUAGGUGAAGAUGAAGAUGCUAUAAGAAAUCCGCAACCAAUGAGAACUUUAUUCGCUUUAAGAUACAGGAUAUCUCAAAAGAGAAUUUUGCACAAACAAGUUGAGUUGCUAGAAAAUUUGAAAAUAAUUGUAGAAGAAAUUGAAGCUGGAAGCUCUGUGGAGAGUGCGCAUUGGAAAGAAAUGAAUAUUGAAAAUGCAAGGCGAGUGUACCCGUUCCGAGGAUAUCUGAAAAAACUUAAAAAUUUAGAUGUUUGGGAUAUGGAUUAA